GAAGAAUAGUUUGUUCAAAUUUAAAGGAGGACAAACCUGUCCAAUAAUGGAAAAAUGAGGUGGGCUGAGUAAGUUUGUAGGUGCGCCAAGGACGUACGGGGAGAAAAAGAGGCUACGACUGCGUUUCGCGCCCUGCUCCGCGUCGCCGUGCGCCGGCUCCCUGCUCCGCCACUCCACCAGUGGCCCAGUCCGCUGCCUCCUGCAUCAGCCAACCUCCGCCUGCCACCCGGGUUGCCCACUGUCUGCCUGCUCAGCCGCUAGCAGGACGCUGAUCAUGUGACCAACCUGACAGGCGACCGCCACUACCCUAGAUAGCUUUGCUGCAUUACAUAUUUUGAGUUAAUCAUCAAUAUAGGCACUACAAAUAUGGGAACUCGAAAGUUGAUGUGGAGUACAACUAAUUACAUUUUUACUGGGAGCCUCAUUGGCAUCACUCUAUCAGAUCGUUAUGUCAGUGUAGUUUCUGUUAAAGGCAUUUCUAUGUCUCCAACGUUUAAUCCUCAUGGAGAUGGCCCAUUGACUAGGGACCAUGUUUUAUUGGAGAAGUUUUGCCUUGAAAAGUACAAGUUUUCUCAAGGUGAUGUCGUGGUCUUUAGAUCUCCUUCUGAUCAUAAAGAAAAACACAUAAAGAGGAUAAUAAGGCUACCUGGUGACUGGAUCAGUACACAACAGGAUGAUUAUAAUGAUGCAGUGAGGAUACCAGACGGGCAUUGCUGGGUCGAAGGUGACAAUGCAGCUUGGAGCUUUGACUCAAGAUCUUAUGGCCCUGUCCCAUUGGGUUUGAUUUGUGGAAGGGUCACACACGUUAUCUGGCCACCUCAAAGAUUUGGUAGUAUACAAAGGGAACUCCCUCAAAGCAUUUCAUCGUGAUUGUUUUUUUUUGUUUUCUUUUCUUUUUUCAUUACUAUUAAUAUUGUCAUUCUAUAUAGUUGUUGAUUGAAAUACUCCAAUUUCAUUUUGCCAUACCAAGAGAUACUCGAAUUUUGUAAUCUGCAUGAUGAUGUGUUUUUUAUCCGUAUAAAUGGUAUAAUUAUAAUAACAAGAAAUAUUUGGGUUUAUAUACAUAGACUUUUUGCCAC